GAUCGUGUGGAACUCGCGCCCCUCAUAUGAGGCCCAUGUACCCGUCCAAAACAUUCCCGAACCUCUACACGCUGGCCACGGGUUUGUAUCCCGAGUCUCACGGGAUCGUGUGUAACUCCAUGUAUGAUCCCAUGUUCAAAGCUCAUUUCAGACUGAAAGGACAAGAGAAGCUCACUCACCGCUGGUGGGGCGGGCAGCCCGUUUGGAUCACAGCAGAGAAGCAGGGCGUGAAAGCUGGGACGUUCUUCUGGCCCCGGGUGAUUCCUCUGGAGCGGAGGAUCCUCACUACCCUGCAGUGGCUGCAGCUGCCUGAUGACGAGAG